AUGGAGGCCACCACUUAUGUUGUAUCCAAUGAACUAGCAAAGAUCAGCUCACUCCUGCCGUCGAACAAGAAACGAUCCCUGAUCGUACACUCUCUCAUAAACGCGCUAGGUCUACUCUCCCACAAUCAAGACCAGGAAAUGCUCCCGAUACGCGUUGUGAAACCCGUACCCGCUCAAUACGACGACCUGGCUGCGUACCACACCCGCGACUAUCUCGAGUUCAUACUCGACCCCAAGAACUCCAGCGGCGCCGUCGUGGAACAGGAUGACGUCCUGGAGUAUGGCAUGGAAGACGAUUGCCCGCCCUUCCCCGGCCUCCCGCAUUACGUGCGCUACGUCGCAGGAGCGACCCUCACCGCCGUCAGAGACCUCCGCGAGGGCCGCUGCAAAACCGCCAUCUGCUGGGAUGGCGGACGGCACCACGCGCAAAAAUCCAGAGCCUCCGGCUUCUGCUACGUCGCCGACUGCGUGCUGGCCAUCCUCGCUCUCCGCCGACUACUUCCCGACCCUCAUAACCCCGCAGUCCUCAGGAAGCCCAAGGUGAUGUACCUCGACCUCGACCUGCACUUCUCCGACGGCGUCUACGAAGCCUUCCACACCUCGUCCUCAUCGCAAGCAUCAAGUCACUUCCUCCAUUUAUCAAUUCACCACGCCGCGCCGGGAUUCUUCCCCGCCUCCCCGCUCGCCGUCCUCCCCGACCCUUCCGCGGAGGGCUUCAACCCGUACACCCUGUCCCUCCCGUUACAGCGCGGCGCGUCCGACGCUACGUUCGCGAGGAUAUGGAAACUAGUCGAGAACGUCAAAGACGCAUUCCGCCCCGACUUUGUCGUGCUCCAGUGCGGCGUCGACGGCCUCGCGGGCGACCCGUACGCCGUGUGGAACUGGGGCCUCUCCGGGGCCGAGGGGAGCUUCGCCUGGUGCGUCGGGCGGGUGCUCGCGUGGGGCUGCAGGACGCUUCUGCUCGGCGGAGGUGGGUAUAGCAGCCCGAACGCUGCGCGCGCUUGGGCGUACAUCACGGCCCUUGCGCGGAAGGAGCCGCUCCCUGUGGACACUCCCAUCCCCGACCACUCCGGGUUCCCCCUCUACGCUCCAUCGUUCACCCUCGACGUCCCUGCGGGCCAUAUGCAGGACCAGAACACAGAUGCGUAUCUCACUGAGGUGGAGAGGAUUUAUGGACGAGCUGUCAGUGCGCUCAGGGAGAGAGAUAUUGAGGCGCAUGAUGACGAGUGGGCGACACGCUAUAUUCCCAUGUUUCUGGACGUGUACGAGGACGUUGGCUAUUGGGACUACUGCACUGGGUGA